CCUGGGGCUAGAACGAGCGAUAAAGUAAAAAGAGUAAACUAGUAUGUCACAAGAUUUUAGUUCUUUUUGAGGGCGCUAGUAGUCUAGUUGCACGACAGCUGAUUACAAGCUGCUAUUUCAUGCGGAGCACACUAAACUUUAAAUAAAAAUAAUAAUAUUAGAACUGAAUAAAUGAAAUAGCAAACGCGUAUGAUUUCUAUUAAUAAUUUAUCAAUAAAUAAAUAAAAAUAAUCAAAACUUUGAGCUAAACCUUGUAUUGAGUGAUUUAAAAUGAGAAAUAUAUAUUAAGAACAUGCCGGGUUGUUUAGUACCAGGAUGUACUUCUGGUUACAAAUCGAACUUUGAAAAAGUUCAUUUUUUUUCUGUGCCCAAAGAUGAAAAAUUAAAGGAGCAGUGGCAAAUUGCAAUAAAAAGACCCAACACAUUAGUUUCAAAAACACAAGUGGUUUGUGACAAACAUUUUUUAGCUGGAGAUAUAAUUCGAAGUCGACAGUUGUUAGGUCCAGAAGGAGAAGUUCUGGGAGUAUCACCAUAUCGGCGACCGCGACUAGCACCUGGAGCUGUACCUAGUUUAUUUCCUUGGACAGAGGUGAUAUCAUCUGAUAAUGACAUUGAUGCUAACCCUGAGACUUCAGAAGUAAAUCUAGUUCCUGAUCAUAGUAAUGCAUCAGAAAAGCAAGUUGUUGAUACAUUUUCUGUCAAUAUUAAUACUGUGGACAGGCUUGAGGAGCUUCAAGUGGGUCAAUCUUCUGAUGUUUGUUUAUACACUGACACGCCAGCAAAUAUUAUAAAUAAUUUGGAAGCUUUGGAAGCAAAUAGUUGUUGUAAUUCAGUGGAAGUAUUUAAUUUUGAAGCUUUAUUGACUAGUAAUAUGGAAUUACCAAGUUCAUGGAUGCGUAAUAAUAUAAAAUAUAAAGAAGAGUCUCUGAUCAGCUUUUCUUAUCUUAUAUGCGAUAUGAUCGAUGGAAAAUAUUUAAGUUUCAAUCUGAAAGAGGUGAUAGUCGACUCAAAGUUGGAAUUAUAUACACAUAUACUAGAUAAGCCUUUAAAUGUCUCGCCUUACUUUAAUGUAAAAAAAAGUAUCACAAGUGUCAACGAUUUGGAGGAGUAUUUACGCCAGGUUAACUCUCUAAAAGUUUGUCGAGGUAUUGUAAUUCCUGAUAUCAAUGAGUAUGAAAAUUCUGAUGCGUUAGUUAUAGAUAAAAGGAACAUGGUAAGACGUGAGACAUGCACUCUCUUAUGCCACUCAACGCAAUGUAAUGCGUGUCAUAAUGCAAGUAGAGCCUUAGUCAGAAAAAGGAAACGCAACAACACAAAUUUGCAAGAUUCUAGAUCAAUAAAUAAAAAAAGUAAUGUACUUUCGAGUAAAUUCAAGUCACAUGCUAAAGUAAAUUCUGGCAAUGACCACGUGAAAAAAUUGAAACAAAAAUUAAGUAGAUCCAUACAGCGGAAAAAUCAGUUGCAGUUGGCGAAUAGAACAUUACGAAAAAAUUUGAAAACCUGUCAAAAGACAAUGUCUCAAAAAUCUGAAGCUAGUGUUCUUAAUAAAUUACGUUCGAAUGAUGUUGCUAAAAAUCAAUGUGAUGUAGUUCAAGAAAUCUUGAAAGCAUCACACUGCAAAAAUUCUAGCGGCCGUCGAUACUCUGAGAACUGGUUGAUGUUAUGUAUGUUGCUAUACAUGCGGUCUGUUUCAGGAUAUAAUUUUAUCCGUGAUAAUAACAUUUUGCCAUUACCAUGCGUCAGUACAAUGAGAAGGAAUCUUGCAUCGAUAAACACACAGUGUGGAUUUGACUCAGAAUUUUUCGAAGCAUUCACUAAUUUUUUGAGUAAAAAAGAAGAAAUUUGUAGGCAUGGUGUCUUGCUAUUAGAUGAAAUAAGCUGUCGCGAAAGUGUUAACGUGCGCUCACAAAAUCUUACUUAUGUCGGCUUAGAGGACUUUGGCGAAGAAAGUAAUAAAGUGAUUACAAUGAAUGAUAAGGCUAAUCACGGGUUAGUGCUAAUGUUUCAACCUUUAUACGAUACAUACACUCAGCCUGUAGCUGUAUUUGGUUCUCAUGGUCCUGUCAGUGGUCAAGUUUUGUCUCAGCUUAUUGUAAAAGCAAUAAUAUUACUGGAAAAAUCAAAUGCAAAGAUACAUGGUGUAAUUACUGAUGGUGCGACUACAAACAGAAAGUUUUGGACAAUUUUAGGGAUGAGUGGCCGAAAAGAAAAUUUUAAAAAUUAUUUUAACCAUCCCAGUGAAGCGGAUCGGAAAGUUUUUGUGUUUUCAGAUACUCCUCAUCUCAUUAAGACUAUUAGAAACCGCUUACAUAAAACUGGAUAUUAUCAGAUUGAUCCUGACAAAUCUCCAAUUGAAUGGCAGCAUUUUAAAGAUUUAUAUGAUAAGGAUAGUCAGUUUCCAGGAAAGUUAAGGAUGUGUCCCAAGAUAAAUAAUGAGCAUUUAGACUUAAAUAACUCGUCAAAAAUGCGAGUUAGGCUCGCUGUUCAAGUAUUUAGUCAAUCAGUAGCUAAUGCACUAAGAAAAUAUGCAGCCAACGACCCUGAAUUGAACUCUUGGGAAAGUACGGCGGAAUUUUGUUCGUGGAUAAAUCAGAUGUUUGAUGCUCUUAAUCGGCAUGAAAGUAAAGGAGUGCUGCCUAAUAAUGAAGAUUUUAAAGUUAUUGAGCUAUCACUACAAAAAUUAAAUGACUGGGAAGAAAAUUUCAUUAAGAAGGAAAUACCUGACACAACUUUUUUAACAAUUCCAACGGCAGAAGGACUUCGAAUAACGCUACAAUCUUCCCUGGAUAUUGUUCGGCUAUUGACCGAAAAAUACGGAUUUCCAGCAGUUCCAACAGGAAGAAUUAAUCAGGAUUCUUUAGAGGUUCGCUCAAUUUUAGAGCAAUUAAUAGUACAUAAUAAUAAUUGGUCAUAAAGUAGUGAUAGUAUCAGAAUUAUAACGCUUUAAUUUAACAAUUAACAAUAGAGCGCUCUAACAAUUUGUGUGCUUUACUCUUCUGCUUACUGAUAACUUUUAGACUCGAAUUUAUUGUCUUAAACAAUUCAUUGUAAAUGUUCAAACAAUGAUUUAUAACUAUCACUUGUUUAAGACAUUGCUUGCUUAUAAUGUUACUUGUUUAAGACAAUAAGUUUAUACAAACAAC